UUCCCUGGGUAUGCCUUCCCGGCUUUUGACAUUCUACCAAGAACAACAGAAAAUGAACAAGUCCCAGAAAUGUCCUGGUCAGGGAUCCGUGUCGUUCAGGGACGUGACUGUGGACUUUACCCGGGAUGAGUGGCUACGACUGACGGGCACACAGAGGACGCUGUACCGGAAUGUGAUGCUGGAGAACUACAGCCACCUGGUCUCAGUGGGGUGUCACCUCAGCAAGCCAGAGGUGAUCUUCAGGCUGGAGCAAGGAGAAGAGCUGUGGCCAUCAGAGGGCAGAUUCCCAGACCAGCGUGAUCAAGACAGAAGCCAGGAAAACCAAGACAAACAUUUGUGGCGAGUUUCACUCAUCAACAGAAAAUCACUGACUAAGAAGAACGAUCAUGUUUUCAGAGAAGCACCCUGUCAGGAUGACUCAUGUGGAAAGAGCUUAAAAAAUGUUUCAGAAUCAAUUAUUAGUGAUAAAAAUCAUUCAAGUAAGAACUCUGAUGAAAUUAAUGUAUGUGGGAAGUUGCCCUCUGAUAAUAACCAAGGAAAUACUCAUGCUGGAAAGAAAUCUGACAAACAUAACCAAGCUGGGAAAUCCCCAAGUCAUAUUGAGGACUCCGUUACUGAUCAGCAGCGAACACGGACAAAAGGGAAGCUUUAUGCGUGUAACGAGUGCCAGAAGUCUUUUCGUCAUAGCUCAGCCCUCAAAGUCCAUCAGAGAAUUCACACAGGAGAGAAGCCCUAUCAGUGCACCGAGUGCGGGAAAUCCUUCUAUGCAAAAUCAAACUUCAAUCAUCAUCAGAGGACUCACACAGGGGAGAAACCAUAUGAAUGUAAGGAAUGUGGGAAAUCCUUCUGUGUGAAAUCGAACUUAACUAAACAUCAGAAAACACAUACAGGGGAGAAACCUUUCAAAUGUAACGAGUGUGGGAAAACUUUCUUACAGAAGUCACAGUUUGCUGACCAUCAGAGAACACACACAGGGGAGAGACCCUAUGUAUGUAACGAGUGUGGGAAGUCCUUCUACUAUAAGUCAGCCCUGCACGUACAUCAGGGGAAGCAUACAGAAGAGAAACCCUAUAAAUGUACUGAUUGUGGGAAAUCCUUCUGCUAUAAAUCAGCCCUAAUUAUUCAUCAGGUGUCUCACACAGGGAAGAAACCCUAUGACUGUAAUGAAUGCGGGAAAACCUUCUGUGUGAAGUCAAACCUCACAAAACAUCAGAAAAUUCACACUGGUUUGAAACCUUAUGAAUGUAAUGAGUGUGGCAAAGCUUUCUCUAUGAAUUCGAUCCUAAUAGUACAUCGGAGAACCCACACGGGGGAGAAACCCUAUGGAUGCAAUGAGUGUGAGAAGUCCUUCUAUAAAAAAUCAGCCCUUACUAAACACCAGAAAACUCACACAGGGGAGAAACCACAUGAAUGUAACGAAUGUGGGAAGGCCUUCCAUAUGAAUUCCACCCUGAUCAUACACCAGAGAACUCACACUGGAGAGAAACCCUUUAAAUGUAAUGAAUGUGAAAAGUCAUUCUAUGUGAAGUCACUUCUUAAUAUUCAUCAGAGAAAUCACACGGGAGAGAAACCUCAUGUAUGUAGUGAAUGUGGGAAAGCCUUUUCUAUGAAGUCUAAUCUCACUGAUCAUCAGAGGACACAUUCAGAAGAGAAACCCUACAAAUGUAAUGAAUGUCAGAAGACCUUUCGCCAUAAGUCAACUUUAACAGUACACCAGAGAACUCACACAGGGGUGAAACCCUAUAAAUGUAAUGAAUGUGGGAAAUCCUUCUAUAUGAAGUCAGCCCUCAGUCAACACCAGAGAAUACACACAGGGGAAAAACCUUAUGAAUGUAAAGAAUGUGGGAAAACCUUCUUCCAGAAGUCACACCUCACUAAACAUCAGCGCACACACACACGGGAGAAACCGUAUGAAUGUAAGGAAUGUAAAAAAACCUUCUUCCAGAAGUCACACCUCAUUGAACACCAGAGAACACACACUGGGGAGAAGCCCCAUGAAUGUAACAAAUGUGGGAAAUCUUUCUGUUAUAAGUCAGCCUUAACCAUACAUCAGAGAACUCACACAGAAGAGAAACCAUAUAAAUGCAAUGAAUGUGAGAAAUCUUUCUGUAUGAAAUCACACCUCACUGUACAUCAGAGAACUCACACAGGGAAGAACCCCUUUGAGUGUAAGGAAUGUGGGAAGACUUUUUAUGUGAAAUCAAACCUCAUUAAUCAUCAGAGGACUCACACAGGGGAGAAGCCCUAUGAGUGUAAGCAAUGUGGGAAAUCCUUCUGUAUGAAGUCGACCCUCAUGGUUCAUCAGCGCACACACACGGGGGAGAAGCCCUAUGAAUGUAACGAAUGUGGGAAGUCCUUCUGCAAGAAGUCGACGCUCACGAAACAUCUGGUGAUUCACACAGGAGAGAUACCCUAAGGUGCAGCGAAUGUGGCAAACCCUCCUGUGUGAAAUCGAGUUUCAUCAACACCAGGACAACCUGUGGGAGAAGCCUUAGGACUGUAGUAAUGUGGAGAGCUCCACUUGUGGAGAUUCAGUCUUUA